GACCUGAGUAACUUCCAACUGACAAGAGGUAGAUGAAUGGCGACAAAAUCGAGAUGUCGAAUUCGGAAAUUGUUUUGGAAUUCUCUCCAAGAACGGCAACAAAAGUUGAGAAAAGUGCUUCCGCCACAUUUUGCAGACCGUCAAGUAAUAGUUUUGGGAAUUACUAAUUGUUGCAAUGGAGUCCAGUGAUCCAAGUUCCUCCAGCAGUGAGGAAGAACGCAUUAAGAAAAGGAAACAUGAUAAACACAAGAAACAUAAGAGUACGGAGAGUAAAAAGCAUAAGAAAUCGAAACAUCGGAAACGAAGAGAUGCUAGUUCGAGUUCUGAAGAGGACAUGUCUUGUGAGGAUCAGUGGGUCGAAGCAAGUACAAUUGUUGACAAAUCAAGCACAUCUAGCAAGAAAUUAAAAUUGAAGAAAAAGAAGAAAGAAAGUAAACCUUCCUCCCACAAAUCAAAAAUUCCUGUACAAUCUCUCAGUCCGCAAGCUCUAAAAGAAGAGGAGGAUGAAUGGUCAGCUUUUGGAAAUAUGCUUCCGACGUUUUCAAAUGAUUCAAAGCGAAGCAAAAAACAGAAGGAAAGGGAGGAAAUGAGAGAACUCAGCUCAAUUGACAUGGCUGGUCAAUCAGAGAAAGAACUGAAUCCAUAUUGGAAAGAUGGAGGUAAAGGGUUGCCUACUUCUGAGGCACAGGAUGAUAAACCUAAACUUAAUUCUGCUGGGGUGGGAGACGGGGGCCUGGCCUGGCUGAAAAAAUCAUUUGAGAGAGCAAAACAACAGGCUAAAGAUGCUGGUCGACCUGUCGAAGAAAUAGUUGCGGAACGAUGGGGUUCACUGGAAACUUUCUAUACUUUGUUGGAGGAAGCAGAAAACAAGGCCGGCAAGGGUAAUAAUUCAUCCGGGGGACGAAGAAGGGAUGAUGAUUAUGAUGACGAUCGUCGAAAAAGAUCGUCGUUUAAACGUCCAUCAAGACAUAGUGAUAAUUCUGACGAAGAAAGUAGAGAACCAACUCAUCGUGACCGAGAUCAACGGUAUUCUUCGACACACCGAGAUCAUCGUGACCGUGAUCGAAGUAAUCGAGAUAGAAAUAGGGACAGCGGACAGUCGUGGAGGAAACCGGGAUAUGAAAAUAAACGAGCAACAGCGGAAUCUGAAAACGUAAAAGUACGAAGCCAUACAAAUACUAAAAUGGAAACUCCAAGUUUGCCAAGACGGGAGGAGCCAAUAAAGGUUAAAGAGCCGGAAGAGGAUAUGGCUGGCAGCGACGAAAGUGACGAACAAGAGGAGGUCCCAGAAAUUGAAACCCCAUCAGUUUUAACAGACAAAGAAAUGAACGAGUUAAAUGCAAAACUAUUCAAGGCAGAAAUGUUGGGAGAUUCGGAUACAGUUUCUUCUCUCCAAUUGAAAAUAUCCGAAGCUGAGAAAGCUAGGCAGGAAUACCUCGUUAAUGGAAAACUUCCAGAUACCAAACCUAAGAAAGUAAUAACAAAAGUAAUUCUCGGAUCUCAAACAAAAAGGCGAACUAAAGAUAAACCGACAGAGAGUCACGUUGCGGGACAACGAGUUCGCUACUUUCCUGAUGAUGAUAAGCAUUCCUUGAAAUCAAUGUUUGAAAAGGAAAAGAUGAGCACGGUCGAAGACGAAAAUGCAAUGUUCUCCCGACUGAUGGCAAAGAGUUCCAAAGCUACAGAGGACUAUGAUGCAGACGAUAUUUUUGUGGAUAAGGCAAGCAGUUCCAGACAGGCAGCCAAGGAACAGAAACGAGAAAUCGAAAAUCUUCUCUAUGAAGAGAAAGCUAUCAACAAAGUGCUAGAAAAUUGUAAUUGGUGCUUCGAUGGAAAACACAUACAGAAGAAUCUAAUUGUUUCCAUCGGACAAACCUGUUUCCUGUGUGUUCCACCUUAUCAGUCCUUGACAGAAGGUCACUGUCUGAUUGUGCCAAUGUCUCACGUAUCUUGCACUACAGAGCUUGAUGAAGACGUCUGGACAGAAAUUCAGAAAUUUAGAAAAGCACUAGUCCGAAUGUUUUUCCAAUCUGAAGAAGACGUCAUAUUUUUCGAGAGGGCAGUUUAUCUCAAGAAGCAACCACACAUGUACUUAGAAUGUGUCCCCAUGCCCAAAGAGACUGGGGAGCUAGCCCCCAUAUAUUUUAAGAAAGCCAUCCAAGAAUGUGAAACGGAAUGGUCCCAAAACAAGAAAGUUGUCGACUUGAAACAUCGCGAUGUUCGAAAAGCAAUACCCAAAGGUCUCCCGUACUUCAGUGUUGAGUUUGGUGACGACAGCUGUGGAUUUGCUCAUGUGAUCGAGGACGAGAAAUAUUUUCCUGCAAAUUUCGCCCAAGAAAUCAUUGGUGGCAUGAUGGAGCUUGAUCAUAAAUUGUGGAGAAAGCAGACGAAGGAUGACUUCAACACGCAACGGACAAAAUUAAUGAACUUCUUAAAAGUCUGGGGACCUUUUGAUUUUACUCGAGAAGACGGAAAAGCGACAGUUUAAUAUUUUAUUAUAUAUUACAUUAUUAUGACGAGUUUUUCUUUUUACACAUAAAUAAAGCAAAUUAUAUAAAAUUGCA